GUGAUAGUUUGCCCACCCCAAAUUUCCGUCUGCUGUGUUAUCCAACGUAGACCUACUUAGUAAUUUGUAGCUCUAGAUUGAGAAAUAGGGACCUCAGACUUGAGAUCGACUGACUUCCCGAGACGGAGGCAAGAGGAGAGAGAGAGAGAGAGAGAGGAGGGAAAGUUGGUGUACAACACAAAUAUUAAAAUACCUCGCCUGCGGCUCGCUCGGACACACAUGUUGCCCUGAAAAAGGAAAACACCUCGACACAGCUGUGUCGCUAGUGUGUCGGCCAGUUUGUUUGCUGCCGCUUACCACUGUCGUGACGUUUGUUCUGACCUCAGCUUUUGUUUUGAUAGGAUACAUUAAGCGUGGACUUUCUGUGUCAGUGUCGGAAGUGUGCAGACAACUGUGUAUUCGCGCGUGUGAUUUGAACGUGCAGACUUUCGUUAGACCUAGAUCUAGUCCAAUAUUGGGAUCUAGAUCUAUAUCUAAAACUAGCAUAGGCCUAGAUUCUAGAUCUACCUGUUUAUAUUCGGAUUGUCUACGUCGCAUAGGAUUUGGACUACCAGCCUUAGAUCUAGAUCUACAAUUCAUCUCCUACUAGAAUCUAGAUCUACUCAUCUAGUAAUCUAAAACUAGUCUAGUUUGAGACUGUAAUAUGACACCGCCUCUACCUUGAUGCCCCGUGUCGAAGAACAAUGACAACACAGCGUGCUCGGUACAACACAAUGAAAUCCAUGACAGGUCAGAGGUGAAACGUCUAACGAUGUAGAUUGGGGACACAAAAGGGGAGAUAAUGCAACCUAGUGCUUUGAAUAUGGCACAUAAUAGGUUCGGCUUGAUUUGAUGCCUUCUGUACUGCUGUCAUCACUGUUUGGCACAAUGGGUGAUGAAGGUCUCAUUCAAGAUCGCCUAGGGAAGAUGGUGGAUGUUUACGAUGGACGAAAAUGGCCUGUUGUUAAAGUGGCCAGUAUUUACAUCCAUCCUGUGGACAAUGUUCACAAACUGACCCAGGCUGUAUUGUCAGACCCAUCAGUUGGCAAGAAGAGGUGGAGGACAAACAAGUACACUUUGGCAGUGGGGACAACUCAUGGCCAUGUUCAAGUUUUCCUGUCGGAAAAUGACUUUGUUCUUAAUGUAUUCCAACAAUGCACUGCUGAAGAGAAGUGUUUGCUGCUCAUCAAGAAACCAAAAGAUGCUUCCAAAAAGCUCUUGAAAAGUCAGUCUUUGAACAACUUGAGUAUGUCAGACACACAGCUGUACAAACCAAAACAUGAUUUAUUCAGUGCACUCUUCACCAGUAAUAAAACUAAAGGCUCGCUGUCAACAAUUUCUGAAACUGAAAAGUCCAAGAAAAAAGGGACAAAGAAAGCACAGGUCAACACUUUUGUACCCAUCCCAGAACUGGGGAUCUACACCCCUGAACAGCAUGUGCUGAAGAAUGGAACCUAUGCACAGUACUGCCACCUGGUGAGAGAAGUGAACAACAACAAUGCCAAAAAUUAUGAGAACUUAUCCAAUGUGGACUUGGCUCUUAGCUCCAGCUUCAGUUCCACUCUUGACGACAGCUUCAGUAGCUAUGGUUUUGGUCAGGGUGAGACGACACAGUUUGUGAACUCUGCCAAUAGGCACCACAAGCUUGAUGAAGCCUAUCACAGCUGCAUAGACUUAUCACAUGAUAAUCUUGGGAUCAAGCCAUUGCCUCCCAAACCCCCAAGGGAGCAUAGUCGCUCCUAUAUGAAACAGGUCAAAGAAGAACAGAACAACCUCGAUCCCACUACAAGGUCACAUUCACUUGGUGACCUGACCACAGGGCUGACAUUCUCUUUAGUUGGUGAUCACAAACUCCAGCACAUCUGGAGUGACACUGAUGACAACUGCUGGAACAGAAAUAACAAAAAUAUCAGCAAACAUAAUAUGGCACCACCUAAAGACUCUUCUACUGGUGGCUCAACCCCACACAAAUCUAUUGUAGUGAAUGAAAAGAAUUAUGUCCCGAAAAUGUCCAAUAAAGAUCAAUACAUCACUGAGGUUGGUGAAACAAAGGGACCAUAUCGUCAAGAAAAGUUUCCUUUUCAGAGGCAAAAUUCUGCCCCUGAAGUUAUUAAGCCUCAGCUUUCUGUGUUCCAAGCUCAAAUAAGAAUGGAAACAGAACAACCUGACAUCAGAUUUAGAGCGAUGAAAUCUCGGCCAGAUAAAGAGAGUCAAAGGGAACAAGAGAUGGAACACAGUGUGGAUUCAAAGGCGCCAGUUAUUAGACAGCCGCUAUUGAAUAAUUGGCAAAACAAUAAUCCAAAUCAAGCCGUGUACUCUAAAAACAAUGUUAGAGAGCAGUCUCCUUUGAAGCCUAAGCGUAGUCUACCCGUAGUUCCUGCUGCUGAUACCUCCGAGCGGGUAAAAAGGUUGACGGAGGUCAUGAAGUCCAGGAUAGCUAGCAGCAACAGUAGAAGCAACUCUCAGGGAAGGUUGACCUCAGAUAGCACACAGACUGUAUCUGUGAGGUCAUAUAGUGAAAACUCAGAUGGUGACGUCUUCACUGAUGUGCCUACUCAGUAUUACACAGCUUCAGACAGAAUUCACUACAGUGAUUCUGCAGUUGUGCACAGCAGCCCCAAAAGCAAUCUUAGAUCAGCUGUGAGUGUUGGAAAUGGUCAUGCAGACUUCAAGCCUUUCAAAUCCUAUGACAGGAUUACAAACAGUGAUUUCUUUCCCCAGAGCUCUUCUACGAGACGAGAAGGAGUCGCCGAAAAUAUUUUUUAUGACGACUGUUCUUACCUAGACCACCAAUCAGUCCCCCCGGCUGACAGGAGCAGCGACUCAACCACCAUCACCAACCCAAGCCACAACGGCAGCAUUAUGGAUUCUGGGUACACUACAAACAAUGAAAGUGAUUCUUUCAACCAGGCAGCCCAACGAGUGCAGUACAGCCAGUCCCAUCACAACUCCCAGCAAUCUUCUUGUUCUCCCCACCACAAUGUUGUAUCCCAGCACAGCCCAGUCUUGCUUGUGCCCAAUGCAGAAACACAUUCCAAGUGCUACCAGAUCCAUAAUGCUCAGAUUAAAAAGCAGUCCAACCUUGUCUACUCUCGCCAGUUUGGCAGUGUGCAAAACAUCAGCAGUUCCCUGGCUCAUGGAAGUUUGCAAGAGCCCUUCAAAACCCCACAUGUUAACUCAAGCCAACAAGACAGUACCAUGCAAUCUAAUACACAUCACCCAGCAGUUAAAAAAAUAGAAUCACGUAGGUUAACUCUUGAUGGAAGCUAUUACCCAUCUUACAACAGCAGUAAGCAGAGUUUUUCUGCUUCUAACGGCGAUGGUGACAACAAAAAAACAUAUGUGAAUAUUCAAAAUAUUCAUACUUCUAACGGCAAUGUUAGGAAAACCAUUGACCAGUUUCGUAGUGUCGAACCCAUGUACUCUACGAUCAAUUCUAAUCGACAUUAUGCCAAUACUAGUCUUGUCAAUGCACAGAAAGAAAAUUCUACACUGAAAUAUAGAACAAAUGAUUAUGAAUCAGACUAUGUAAAUCAGACUCCUCUGAAACCACAAGGCAAUAGAAAUAAGCCAUCAUACAACCAGAACACCAAUAAUAAAAGUACAACAGAUUCUUCUGAUGUUAAAAACAGUCACAGUGAUUAUCAUAAUGGGGAUGCUUAUUUAUACAGAAAAACUCAAUACAAACAAGACAGCAGUCCAAAGCUCAUGGGCAAUGAGCUGCGACCAAAGCCGGUACCAAUUGCUGGCAGACCUCUAAGAGGUCACACACUUCCAGGUGGAUUUCGUUUCUCUGAUCUGGAUGGAAAUCUUUCCCAGGGUACUCAUUUUUCUCGGGAUUUAUCUUUGUUCCACUUGCUUCAAGCGUAUGAACUACUUCCAUUUACUGUCAACGUACCUGAAAGUCUGAGUGUGUCAGCCAUGAUUCAGCUUAAGGAAAUCUCCACCCGCCAAUAUGUCAGCAGCACUCCAGAGUCUCCAAAAGGAAGGACAGCUCAUAUAGGGAGCCCAGGCUCUGCUUUUACUCCCGUUAAAAUAGUUCACGAUCGGACUGAACAGAGUUUGUCCAGUAAAUUGAUUGGUGUUGAUCAAGUCAAUGGAGAGCUCCACAAACAUAUAGUAUUAGGAAGUCUGGAAGAAGGGGAUAUCAUUGUAGAGGUAAAUGGCUUCCUCUGUCUGGAUGCCAAUGUUCAAUACAUGGAGAAAUUGUUGAGAAGUUGCAGCGGAUGUGUUACGUUCACUGUAGCUAGAUUACGGGAGACUCUGGAUGGAGUGGUUCCUGUGGACUCCAGAGCUCAAGCUCAGCGCAUCAAAAGUCUAGAAGCUGAAAUCUCACGCCUCGAUGACCUCAUUCAACUGAGGGAUGAGAAAAUCAGAGACCUCACCUCCUGGAGAGGAGGAACAGGGAGCUACACGAGAGGAGGAGCUGUGAUGGACAUUAACGCAGCCAUGGAGGGUAUGGUCAUUGGAGAUGAUGAGUACGUGGUCUAACCAAGGUCCCUUAUUGGUCCAUCAUUCCUUGUUCCACUGUUUUCUUCCUUUGUGUGCCAAUUGUUUGUUUGUUUCUUUUCAUUUAUAUUCCAGAUGCUAUAAAACCAAAAAUAUAUUUCUUUGUAUGGUGUACCAUCAUUCCAUUAUGUUGUAAAUCUGAUUUAAAUAUAUAUAUUUUCAUAAAUAAUUUUUAUAUAUUAAAGUGUUAGGUGCAAAGUGCAAGUUUCCAAUAAUAUUAUGAUAUUAAUACAUGGAUGCAAGCACCAGACCCCCAUUUUGUCUGCAAAGGGGGGUGGCAAUCUCAAAAGCCUGCAAAGGUUUUUGUGCGCAAAAACAUCAUUAUAACAUCACUAUAAUGACUGUUCGCGUUCAUCUUACAAGCUGUUGCAGCAAAAACAAUUUAUUUAAUAGUAAAUGUAAUUAUAUAAAUAUUAUAAGCUUUCCUACCUUUUUUUCCUACUUGUUAAAAAAAAGAUGUUCAUGCAAAUCUUUAGGUACAAUUUACUCCAAAUCCAGUGUUCAGUUAGUGAAAUAAUAUUUUUACCUCUAAUUACCUGUUUUAAUGUGUCCAAUCACUGUCUUUUAGGCAUUCUAAAAACGGUUAAUUAAGACGAGGCUUUUUUCAUACUAGGAGCUUGUUGCUUUCUUUUUUGUGCUUGAGAGGUCUGACUAACAGAAUUCUGGUUUUAUCUUUAGAGCCAGAUGAAGAGGAUGUAGGAGUGUGUUUUAAUUUUAGUGCCUCAUUAUCAGAAGAAAUUAUUGCACUUGUCUGAAUCUGUGCUGGUGCUGGCUUUUGGUCAGUGACAACUUGUUCAGAAAUAAUGGGGACUCUUGAACAUAAAAUCACAGGAGCUUGUUGCUUGGUUUUUAAUGCCUCUUUGUCAGUUGUCUGAAUCUGUGCUGGUGCUGGCUGUUGGUCAGUGACAACUUGUUUGGAAAUAAUGUGGACUCUUGAACAUGAAAUCACAGGAGCUUGUUGCUUGGUUUUUAAUGCCUCUUUGUCAGUUGUCUGAAUCUGUGCUGGUGCUGGCUUUUGGUCAGUGACAACUUGUUCAGAAAUAAUGGGGACUCUUGAACAUGAAAUCACAGGAGCUUGUUGCUUGGUUUUAAAUGCCUCUUUGUCAGUUGUCUGAAUCUGUGCUGGUGCUGGCUGUUGGUCAGUGACAACUUGUUUGGAAAUAAUGUGGACUCUUGAACAUGAAAUCACAGGAGCUUGUUGCUUGGUUUUUAAUGCCUCUUUGUCAGUUGUCUGAAUCUGUGCUGGUGCUGGCUGUUGGUCAGUGACAACUUGUUUGGAAAUAAUGGGGACUCUUGAACAUGAAAUCACAGGAGCUUGUUGCUUGGUUUUUAAUGCCUCUUUGUCAGUUGUCUGAAUCUUUGCUGGUGCUGGCUGUUGGUCAGUGACAACUUGUUUGGAAAUAAUGUGGACUCUUGAACAUGAAAUCACAGGAGCUUGUUGCUUGGUUUUUAAUGCCUCUUUGUCAGUUGUCUGAAUCUGUGCUGGUGCUGGCUGUUGGUGAGAGACAACGUGUUUGGAAAUUAUGACUUUAUCACUGGGUACUUUAGAAGAUAAUUUAUCAAAUGUAGAAAUAUGAUUCUGAUACCUGUUAUAAGCAAAUGAAACAUCAUUUUUCAUUUGCCCAGUGACAAUUUUGGUGACAGCUGUUUCUGCUUGGGCAGCUAAUGAUGAUUUUAUGAUGGCCAAGGACUCAUAAUUAAAAUAUUUAAGUCUGGUCCUAUCAUCUCUUGUUAUGUCAUCCAUAAUAUUAAAGCUACCCUCAACAAGUCGGCCUGUAAAUAUGGACUUAAUUGCUUUAACAAAUUUCGUCAAAGUUGGAUAUUUAAUAUGACCAUCAGUUCUCCUGUUAAAAACUUGACACCACUAAUCUGUGUCCAAUGUAAAAUUGGAGUCCUCCUCAUUUAUGUUUAGUUCAGCAAGAGUUGUAUCUUUCUGAUAGCACUUUAGCUCCAUAUCUAAACAACCAAGCUCUGAAGGAUCAACCACAUUUGAGAGACGUGCAGCUAAGCUUUUUAUUGAUGACUGCAAAUGUUCAUUUAAGAACAAAGCAGGUGAUAAGUAGGAUAACUCUGUGAUGGUUUUAUUUAGCAGUGGUAACUUCAUCAAAGCCUUGGCAGUUUCCAAAUAUCCUUCUCUUACAGCAAGGAAAAAAGAUUUACACAAUGUAGAAUUUUGUUCUUUAUUCUUCAAACAUUUGGACAAAAUUGGCCUUCUAUGUUUGCCAUCUCCCAAGUCUCUGUCUGAUAGUUGGAUGUCUUUGUUAGUUACAUCAAGACUCACUAGGUCCUUAGUGCUAUACAUGGGAAUAUAUUCUGGUUUUAUGAAAUUACCACAAAAUUCUUUCACUAAAGUAAACAUAUCAAUAUGCAACUCAUGCACUUGUGGUUUGUUCCGCUGGUGUUUCUUCAAAAAAGGAAGAAAUUAUUCUGUUAUGCCUUUGUACAAGGUAGCGAUUAAAACCGUUUUGACCUGAUUGUCUAGUAGAGCAUUUAAAAUUCUAAUUUUUCUUUCAAUGUUGCUGUCUGAUUUAGUUUGUCUUCUCUGCUUACUUACUUAAUCCUGUGCACUCCCAGGGGAGCAUAGGGCCGCAACCACACCUCUCCACCGAACUCAGUUCUGAGCAGCUUUCUUCAUUUGCUCCCAUGUCAUUCCAGUACCCUCAGCUUCACUGAUGACUGACAUCUUCCAGGUUUGCUUGGCUCUGCCCACUUUCCGCUUUCCUUGUGGGUUACAGUCAAGUGCCUGCCUUGCAACAUUGGUAGCUGGUUUUCACAGGGUGUGUCAAUUCCAGCUCCAUUUUCGUUUUGUGAUAUCUUGGGCUAUGGGCUUUUGUCUAGUUCUCUCCCACAAAUCAAUAGUAGUUAUCUUUACUGGCCACCUAAUUCCUAAUAUCCGGCGUAGGCAUCUGUUAACAAAGGUCUGGAGCUUUUCCAUAUUUGUUUUAGUGACUCUCCAAGUUUCUGAACCGUAUAGAAGGACAGACUUAACGUUUGUAUUAUAGAUUCGUAUCUUGUUGUGUAGAGAUAAUGCCUUAGAGCGCCAGAUAGUUUGAAGAGUUGAAAAGGCAAACCUAGCUCUAUUGUCUUCUCUGACUCUCCAAUAAUUCUUUAAUUUGCUUCCCUAAACUGUCACCAAUUUCAUAUUUUUGAAAUAUAUCAUGAAGUAUUUUCUCACUCUUUCUUUCCGCAGGAGAUAAAAAGGCUAAGUAGUAAAGUAACAAAGAGUCAAACAGAUCCAAACAUCUCUCUUUUUCCACAUUAAUUUGUAGAAAUCUGUUGGGUAACACGCGAAUUAGUGAUUUCCCUUCACUUGCACCUAAUAAACAUUGUAUUUUUUAAAAUACGCUUCUAGCCUUGGGUGAUUUCUCAACAUCAUAAUAAAUAUCCAUGGCUAAACUUUGAAAAUUGAAACAUUUUUCCAUUGGUACAAAAAAUGUCUUCAGUGCAUUAUUUAUCAUGUGAAUGGUGUCCCCGCUGACAUCAAAUAAGUGUUUGGUUUAAUUUUCUAAUUUUAGGCUCAACACCUUCUUUUUUCCCCCUCAUUAGGUUGCAAUUAUUUAUCAUGACAGAUUUUACUUGGCUCCAGUUUAUGUUCAUGACUUCUAAGAUUUCCCCAACAGCAUUAACAAUAUUUGAAGCACAUGAAAUAUUAAUUUCUCUGGUUCCUAGCAGCUGGUUUAUAAUUUUUUGUGAUGAAUCAUCAUAAUAUUGUACCAUUAUGUUUAAAAAUUUAUUUCCAGCAUUAUUUGUAGCUUCAUCUAUAUUCAGUGAAAUGUAUUUACCUUUCAAUUUCUCUUUCAUUUCCAACUCCAAGAGAAGUUAUGUAUGUUGCACUUUGAUGUGAUAAAGUGACUCUAUUUAGAGCAGUAAUAUCUUUGCUAAGCCUUUGGCUCAAUUUUAAAAGAUUAGGAACUAAAGAAAAUGGAAGGCUGUGUUCAGCAAUAAACAGGCUUAAAAUGGCCUUUAUUUCCGCUGUUUUGUCUUGCAAGCUGUCUUUUGUGAAUUGUGUUGUGCUUGAGGAGCCAGUUAAUUUAGUACUUUGGAUUAAACUUUUCACAGCCUUUCUGUGCAACUCUAAAUCACAAUGAUUUCUUAAGUCUUUUUUCCCUGAGGUUCCAUAAAGGAUGAUCUUGCCGCAGGCAGUACAAAAACAUGCCCCAGAUUUAUUUAUCUUUUUGCACCAUUUUUCAUAUGAAAAUCCAUCAAUAGAAACUUCAGACAGCCAUGACCACUGCCAUCUAUUUCUAAUUGGCUUUCCAUCCAAACCAAUAUCAAUAGUAGAAAUAUCACCAAAUUUCAAAAACAUGAUGAUUCAGAUGAUAGACCUAAAGUUAUUAUGAUUACUGCACACUCGUCACUCAUCAUAUACUUCAUAUAGAGUCUAGAUCUAGUCAAUCUAGUCUCAUAUUAGUCAUAAUAAUAAUAUAGAUUAUUAUUUUAUUAUCUUGAGUAGAAUAAAAACGAUCUUACUUGAUCCAACAAUUAAAACCACAGAUUUCCAAUUUCGAUCGAAAUUAUUGAAAUUGAAAUUCUAACAGUCACAGAAAAUGUAGUCUGUAGAUCUAGAUCUAGGUAGAUCUAUAAUUUGAUAGAGCACGUUGAUAACUGUAUAACAGAACAAUGGAUCUAUUCAAGCCACAAGAAUCAAGAAUGAAAACACGCUAUUCAAGCCACAAGAAUGAAAACACAAUCUCACAGUGAGACUGAAUGAGCAGAAAUAAAUAGAAAAGGACAUACAGCAUCACACAUGUGCGCCAAGCGUUUCUUUAGUGGCUUUUUUUUGUAGGUCAUCUAAUUGCGCCGAUUCCACCUCCCUUUCUCGCCUUUCCCGACCGACCCCGAAAAUAAAAUAGAAUGCCGGCAAUUUGCCGUCAAGUUUUUUUUUAAACAUUAAUUUUGCCAGCUAUAGCUACUGAUCUUGCAUCCAUGUAUUAAUAUAUAAUAUAAUAUGAAUUUAUAUUACUACAUUUGAUUUUUGAUCCUUUCAAAAUUAUUUUUAUGAAACAUAUUUUUUUCCCGUGAGGUUAAAACAAAUUUACAACAAAGAACUACAAAGUUGGCCAAUUCUUGCAUGAUGAAAAAACAAAAAAAUAUCUGGUACAUUUUAUUUCGGCCUGUAGCUUAUUGUCAUUCUCAGGAUACCACUGUAGUUCAACUGGAAGAUUUAUUUUUUCUUUAAAUGCUUAGGCCAUUUUGAUCUCACUUUUUUUGAAGUUUAUAAAAAAAAAUGGUCUUGUCUAUUUUUGGAGUUUCACAAGGUCAGUUCUCUUGUUAAGUAUAACUUAUUGUCUAAUCCAACUAUAUCACUUUUGUAAAUAAAAUGAUAAAUUACAUUGUGUGUUGAACAUGGUAACAUAACCCAGAUGAAGUGGUUCUUCUUAGGAGAGAUUAAGCAUAUUGACAGUUUUAUUCGUGUUUGUUGUCUUAACAUUCACUCUUUUGGGAUCCUGUUAUCCUAGGCAGGCAACAGAAGCUCUCAACCCUUGCUAGUCAGAGAUCAUCCAAAGUAAUCUGUCAGGAUAUUAACCAUGCCUCACUUAAAUGACAUCGAUUUAUCCCUUUUUUUUUGUGUGGCCUUUUCUCUGUACUACUUCAACAGUAUCUUUACCCACUACCAAAAGCUAAUUGUCACAUAUAAAGUGCCCAUAUGACUUAACUGUAUACAUACACAUAUCAUGUAUUUGAUUUAUACCCUUGUUAUUUCACCAGCUCAACAGAUCUGAAACUGUUUACAAUUUUUUUUUUUUUAUGAUUUCAUGCAUUACUAACCAAAGAUAUUUCUGUGUAAAUAGUAUUUUUAUAGUCAAUAAUAUCACAAGUCACACAUCUUUAUAUAUUUAUACAUCAGACAGCUUUAAGGCCUUAACAUGUCAUAUUUGCUAUGAAAGUAUUAUGUAAAAGUUUGUGUGGAAUGUCAAGGUAGAUUGUACGUGCUCACCUAAAAAUUCAUCUCUUUCUCUCCAAAACUGCUGCUGCUAGUAAAUAAAUUUUUGCAUGCCACAGACCUUUUAAAAAAAAAUUUGUUCCUGUUGAAGAACUGUAACUUUGUCCUCUUAAACCAGUUCCAUUUCUCUUUGUAUUGACAUUUAUUUAUUUUCUAAGACAUUUUGUUUUCUUUUAUUUAUAUUUUUCUCUCUCUUAGCUGUGUUUGUUAUUAAAAAAAAAGUGAAGUCCUUUAAAAUUAAAGUGAGGUCUUUUGGAUCAGAGCUUAGUAAUACAACUUUUAUAAGACUUGCAUUAUUUUGACAUUUGACAGUAAUGUAGUCUUUGUCUGCCUGGGGUCUAAGCUCUCCUUUGCUUAGUGACUUGUGAGGAACUAACUUGAGUAUGAAAUUUAAGAAUUGUCAUUUAAAAAUAAUUAAAUUAAAUAUUGUCUUUGUAAUUAAUAACAUCUUUAAAAAAAAAAAAGAAAAAAACUUGUUCUUCAACCAAAGCCUUGACUUUCCAAUGAGAUUUGGUUCCAUGACUAGAAAGAGAGUUGUGUAAUAUAGGAAUGUGUAUCUCCUGUAACAGGUUUAUUUCAUUCUAGUUGAGUUCAUUGAAAGUCCUAUCUACUAAGUCAUGAUGCAGUUGCUACCAACUAUUAAGAUAUAGUAUUUGUAACCAUUUCACAGAUCUAUCCCCUUGAUAUUAUAUGUGUUUAUAUUACUAUUGUGAUAAAAAGGAGCUUUAAUUAUCCCCAACCCUAAACCUUUUUUUGUCUUAUUAUCUAUGAAGGAUAGUAAGUUUAAAUGGAUAUUAAAAAUGGUUAAGAUUUAGUACUAUUUCCUGGUUGCCUGGUCUUGCAAUUGUCUUGAUGGUGCUGGGUUCAUACCUGCCCGCUGCCAUCCUUUGUCUUACAGCGGUAGGUUUGGACCCAAGGACGUAGAUUAUCUUCAACUCUGAAUGAACAUCCGAAUCAUGUAAAAAAAUUAACAAACAUUUUGUACAAAGAAUAAAUCAUUUUCAUUUACUAUAUUUGUAUAACUGAAAUCUUCCAGAGUCACUGCAUUACAUUCAUGAUAUCCUGAAUAAGAUAUUUUGUAUGAAUCGCUUUGUAGUCAUCCUGCAACUUAUUCCACAAUGUAGAAACGCAUUUUAUUGAUAUCUUCCAACUUAUUCCAUAAGGUGCUGAAUGCAUUUAUUUCUUUUCAAUGUUUUUACCUUGAAAUGAACCAAAUUUCACUUAUUGCUUUUUUUUUUUUUUCUGUGUGCCUUGUAUUUGUUUUUGUCACUGCCCUAAAUAUUUUGUGCAAUUGUGAAACCAAUUACUUAGGUCAAAAUGAAGGUAGAGAAGUAUUUAUUAUUGUGCUCAUUGUCUGAUGUCAGUCCUAUUUGACAAACUGAUUUCAAAAUGAAAUGAUUUUAUUUAUUAGAAUGUGAAAUGCCCUGAACUAGUCUGUGCAGUUUCAAAUGAAGAGCUUUUUAUUUUGUUGUUUUUUAAUGACUUUUCACAAACUCAAAGUCCUAAUUGCUGGACAUUGUACAUCUACACUCAAAAAUUAAUAAAAUUGUUUUAGGAAAGAUCAUAUCGAUCUGCCUGUGCUAGCCAAAGAAUGGCUGCCUGAUCAUGUGGUGUGUGUGCUGGACUGUCAUUAGAUGGUUGCUGGGGGUUGAACCCUGCCUGUUAUCCCCCGCAGUCCUGCAGGAGGUUUGGGCUAGAAUGUAAUAACCUUCAAAUCUGAAAGAUGUAAAACAUCAAGACCUAACAAAGAUUUAGAGUUUCAUUAUUCUAUUUAAACAAAAUCAUACAAAAUAAUUGCAGGCAGCAGCUAACAAAAUGUAUACACAUACACGUGUAUUCUAUGAGUGUUGAUUUAGUGGAGUGUUGAAUUUACUAAGUGCUGAUUUGAGACAAAAAUUAUUUUUAACUUCUUGACAAUAAGGAUAUAUGUGUGUUCUAUGAGGUUGUAUGAUUUCACUUAAUUGUGAACAUUUUUUAGCAUUGGAUUGUGGACUUUAUGUUUUUGUUCCCCAGGAAUGUUUUUGUUUUAUGAACCACAUUUUCCAUUGUUUACUUUUUGUUUUAGCAUUUUAUGUUUUAUUAGUGUUUGUUUACAUAACAACAAGGUGAUAUUGUUGAUACAAAAAUGCUCCUAUUUUUUUUUUCCCAGUUAUAGAAAUAAAACAAUUACAAGUUUGUAAGACAUUUGAA